UCAUUUUAUGGGAAUAUCCUUCGUUAAAGUAAUUACACCUAAGUGCGGGUAUUUUAAUUGGCCCCGAGUUGGUUUGGUACAAGUUUCACACUCUUUUUCGUCAUUUUUUUGCCAUUUUUUUCACAAUUUUUUUUGCCAAUAUUUUCACCAUUCUUUUCAGCCAUUUUUUCUUGCCAUUUUUUUUGCGAUAUUAUUUGCUCAUUUUUUGCCCUUUUGCGAAUGGAACAAGCGCAAAUAAAAACGAAAUUGUCGAAGGUACACGGGGAGUAGCGUUAAUUCAUCCUGUACUGAAAUGACAAUACCAUGUUCCUGUUUACAUUUUCAGAGCAUAUUUAAUUGUGUGAUAUGCUCCAAUUAGCGUAAGCCAUUUUUUUUUCCGUUUGAAAUGACAAGCAGUUUGAAAGGAAAUUUUUCCGAAACUUGCGUUUGGUUUUAAGAUACGUAAUAUAAGUUGUUACAUGAAAAGGGGAAAUAUCCUUCCGCGAAUGUUCCUCCGGGGAAGACUUUAAAUGACAGCUUUAGUCACCGCUAAGGUGGCCACACGUGCAACGCUAUUCACACAGAAUUUAUUUUAAGAAGAAAAUCAAGUAUUCCAUUGUGAUAUCAUGGCAGGUGGUGGAGCGUUAAACAAUUUGUUUCCGGGAUACAAGGACAAAAUAUGGCUCAAGCUUCCGCACCAUCUCCGAAUCCGCCUAAUUAAAUCGUGGAACAAUGAAUUCGAGAAGAACAUGUCCAAGGCGAAAAUAAAAAACAACAAAAUAAAAAACUUGAAUUACUACCUACUGGACAGGUUCAAGCCAAAUGAAAGUUACAAAAACAGACACACGGAUUAUAAGAGACAAAUAUGCAGAGGAACGUUAGUAGAAGGAUGUGACUUUUUUCUACCAAAUAAGAGAAGCCAAGAUAGAUUAAAAAAUCACUUACAACCCUACACAGAGGAAGAAAGUGAAGAAAGGAAAAAACAUAAAUAUUUAAAUUUAAAAUAUUACAUACUGUUUUGCUUAGGAUUUUCUGUGCUACAUAACAGUAUGCAAUCUAGGCCAGUAGCAUGGUGUAUGGAUUAUGAACCACCCCACACGCCACACUACCCAUUUUGGUUCAAAUCCAUGUUCCAUUCGCAUGACAUACCCAGUGUAAGAAGAGGUUUUGAAGUUUACAGACAAAUAUGUGCAACGUGUCAUUCGAUGGAACAGUUACAAUUUCGUAGUUUGGUUAAUGAAGUGUAUCCAGAAAAUCGAAUGAAGCAAAUUGCUGCCUCGUACGAUAUAGAAGAUGGUCCUGAUGAUAAGGGAGAAAUGUUUACCAGACCGGGUAUCUUAACUGAUUCUUUUCCAAAGCCCUAUCCAAAUGAAGAAGCUGCUAGAUAUGCAAAUAAUGGUGCAUCUCCACCAGAUUUAUCAGUCAUUACCACGGCUAGACAUAACGGACCAGAUUAUAUAUUUUCUUUACUCACUUGUUAUAGAGAUCCUCCUGAGGGAAUUCACCUAAGACCAGGGUUGUAUUAUAAUACCUAUUUUGCAGGAGGGUCUAUAUCCAUGCCCCCACCUCUACAGGAUGAUAUGAUUGAAUAUGAGGAUGGUACUCCUUGUAAUGUUUCCCAGAUGGCUAAGGAUGUAGUCAAUUUUUUAACUUGGGCAGCGGAACCAACACAUGAUGAGAGAAAAUUAACAGGCCUCAAAUUGGUGAGUGGCGCUUUUAUUGCUAUGGUCUUAAUGACCGUAUGGCAGAGAUUUUUCUGGACCAUAUACGCUACUAGAAGGAUUGACUUUGGAAAAAUCAAGUACCUAUAA